AUGUUUCUAUCAAUGUGGUAUGGGAGGCAAUUUCAUCACAUGUUACUGGAACAAGGAGUGGAGACAAGAGAACAGCUCAUAAGCAUCCUUCACCCUUUCAAGGAGGUUGAGAAUUUGAAAACGGCAAUAACUACGGAUGUCAGAUUGAUUCAGGUGCUUUUCAACAAGGUCCAGGGCUCUGCAGGGUGCAUUUCCUCAUUCUUUUUCUUAUUUUGGCUUGGGAAGGCAGAGGUUCAACUUCAUCGGGUUGAAAUGUGA